CAAGACAGUGUCAACAUCCCGCUUCUGGGCCUCGCCGUGUCCGAUCUCUGUUGUGACGUCACGAUGUCUUGGUGCGUCAUAUGUCAAGGCAUCACCAGAUUCGGCCCGGUCACCUUCCCCGUGGAGCCUUUCGGCCUCAUGAUCAUGACAGCAAGCUACCCCAGGGUUAUCUUCUCGCGUAUCACCAGCUGGCUGACAGCUCUCAUCUCUCUCGAACGGUGCGCAUGUGUCGCCUUCCCUUUAAAGGUUAAGUCCAUUUUCACUCCGAGAAACACCGGGGUUAUGACCUUUACAAUUUUCGCCGUCCUAUUGGCCAGCAACAUGCUCAUUUAUUAUCCCAGAGAGUUUCAAAUGAAAUCUAAUCCUAAUCUCAACUUGACUCGUUUAACGAUGGUGAUACUAACGGACCGGUUGAACAGCGCCGCCGCCAUCAACGCAAUUCUCUUUAUUUCUCUACCUUUUAUCAAUGUAAUCCUCAUCAUCGGCUGCGCGGUGGUAUUGAUAAUAAAACUCGAGCGCUCACAAAAAUGGCGACAACACGCUCAGUCUGGCGAUCAACCAAUCAAACGAUCGCCCCAAAAGUUAAUCAGAUUGAGACCGAAGACAACACCGGAACAUCGGAAUGGCAAGAAACUUAAAAAAUCAAUUCAUUCCGCAAAAGAGCUCAAGUUGACGAAGAUGAUAACGUCGCUGACGAUGAUUUUCCUCGUCUGUAACAUGCCGAGCAACGGUUUACUGGCGGCGUCCAUUUUUGUGCCCGGUUUCACGUCCACGGGGAAGUUCGCCGAACUGUUUCAGAUGCUGCACAGCGUGGCCUUCUUCCUGGAGACUGUCAACUCAAGUGUCAACCUACUGGUAUAUUACGCCAUGAGCUCUAAAUUUAAAGCUGAGUUCAUGAAGCUCUUGACCGGUCCAUGGAGAAAUUUCAAAAUGGUGGAGACAAGUAACUACCCCAUUCCCUCCAAAAUAAAGCCUUAA